CUACUUAUUUCUUCCACUCUUUUGUCUACUAUAAAUUAGUUAUUUCCAAGUCAUUUUUAUUCUCAACUAAGGAAAAGAAAAGAAAAGAAAAAAAAACUACUAUGGCAUCAAACCAAACAAGUACUCAACAAGAAUCCAAGUUCACUCUCCCUAUGAAUCUUGACAUGGAGCAACAACAAGUAAACCUAGAUAAUCAACAAGAUCAAGAAAAGGAAUUUGACUACUCUAAACGAUCCCAAUGGCUCCGAGCAGCUGUGCUCGGAGCCAAUGAUGGGUUGGUUUCAACCGCAUCAUUAAUGAUGGGAAUUGGUGCUGUGAAAAAGGACAUAAAAGUCAUGAUCCUUACUGGAUUCGCCGGCCUAGUGGCCGGCGCAUGUUCCAUGGCUAUAGGAGAAUUUGUCUCCGUUUAUUCUCAACUCGAUAUAGAAGUGGCUCAAAUGAAGAGAGAUAAAAGAAGAAAUAAAAUCGAAGGAAACGAUCAAGAUGAUGACGAUGAUGAAAAAGAGGAGAGCUUACCAAAUCCAGCACAAGCAGCAUCAGCAUCAGCACUAGCGUUUUCGGUAGGUGCAAUGGUGCCAUUAUUGGCUGCAUCUUUUAUUAGAGAUUAUAAAGUCAGAAUUGCAGCUGUUGUUGGAGCUGUUACAUUAGCUUUAAUGGUGUUUGGAUGGUUAGGUGCUAUGUUAGGAAAAGCACCAGCACUCAAGUCAUCAGCUAGGGUUUUGUUUGGAGGUUGGUUGGCCAUGGCUAUAACUUAUGGCUUAACAAAAUUGAUUGGUUCUAGUGGCCUUUAAAAUCCAUAUCACUACCACGAAAAAAACAAAAACUGGAAUUAGCUACAAACUUCGUAGUUGAUAUAAUUUUUUGAUAACAAUGGAUUUUAUCGUUUAGCUACAAAAUUUGUCUGAUGCUAAUUCCUGUUCUUUUUAGUAAUGUAUAAUACUAAUAUUUGUGGCAUAACGCCACUAGUAUUUUUUUUUCUCUAUGUUUAGAUUUUGUUGUUAUAUAUAGCUAGGAUAUAUAAAGGUCUCUGUGUAUUCUUAAUAUUUGUAUCAUGCUCCGAGUAACUGUAUGUAUGCAUCAUUGUAUCAUAAUAAUAUAUUU